CUGGGCGGAGUCUCCCCUGCCGGCUGCUGCCCUUGCUCCCUGGGCUCCCACUUUAGGGGACUCUCCGUGCCUGCCGGGCACGGACCCAGGCUGGCCCAGCACCCUGCUCUGCCCGAGUCACCGCGGCGUGUCUGCCAGCCAAGGGGGACCCCAGUCCCCGCAGCUCGGCCGGGGAAACCUGGCAGCCUAGCUGGGUGUUAAGCAGCUCCCACUUGUGGCUGGCGCUCAGGCUAUCUGCCCUGUGUGACAGGGCCGUGUACAAUCCGUGUAACACGUGUCAGACAGGCGUGUGCAGCCUGUAUGGACCAGCGCUGGGGGAGUGACAGCACCUAGCACCUGUGCUGGCCCAGCCCUGCCCAGACGCUGCGUUCACUGCUCCAGCCAGGGACAAGUCAGGUGUGAUGCUACCUGUCACUUCUGGGGGGCCCAGGUGCUUCUCCCAUAGAGCUGCUAGUGCCACGGCCUAGCCCCGUGUCAAGGAUCUGUGCUGGUGGAGGGCAGAUGUUCCGCUUUAGCGAGUGGCCGGCCUUAAAGAGACAAAAGCUGGGGAAGUCUGAGACAGCCAGAGCUUUGCCUAGCUCCCACAGUGCGUUGGGACCAGCCUGGAUCCUGCCCUGCCUGGGGCUGGCCUCAUACAUCACAGCGGACUGGUUAUGCGUUGCCCCCUCUUUGAUUCAGGAGCCUCUUAUAUCCUCGCUGCCCCUGGAGCAGGAUGCAGGCCAGGCCGCAAUGAGCCCCUGCGGAAGGAGCGGCCCAAAUGGAAGAGCGACUACCCCAUGACGGACGGGCAGCUGCGCAGCAAACGGGACGAGUUCUGGGACACGGCACCUGCCUUCGAGGGCCGCAAGGAGAUCUGGGAUGCCCUGAAGGCGGCUGCCUACGCUGUGGAGGCCAACGACCACGGGCUGGCCCAGGCCAUCCUGGAUGGCGCCAGUAUCACCCUGCCCCACGGGUCCCUGACCGAGUGCUACGACGAGCUGGGGAACCGCUACCAGCUGCCCGUGUACUGCCUGGUGCCACCUGCCAACCUCAUCCUGGAGCGGGGUGGCGACGAGAGCAUGGAGCCCCCGGAGCCGGCACCCAGCGCCCGGCGUGAGUUCCCGCUCAAGGUGCGGCUCUCCACCGGCAAGGACCUGCGGCUGAGCGCCAGCAUGGCCGACACCGUGGGGCAGCUGAAGAAGCAGCUGCAGGCGCAGGAGGGCAUCGAGCCGGGCUGGCAGCGCUGGUUCUUCUCCGGCAAGCUGCUGACGGACCGCACGCGGCUGCACGAAGCCAAGAUCCAGAAGGACUUUGUCAUCCAGGUGAUUGUGAACCAGCCGCUGGUGCCCAGGAACUGAGCCGGGCCGUCUGACGGGCGCAGGGGCUGCUGGGCCCCACGGAAACCCAGCAGGGCCCUCUGAGCUGGCAAACUGAGUUUCCAGCCCAGAGGCGACAGCCCGCACUCGCCCGCCGGGCACGGCUGGGCACACAGCCCCGGGCAGAGCUGCACCCACGGAGCUUGCGCUCGCCUCUGCUCUGCGUCGAUCCUCCCCGCCCCUUUGUGCUGCAGCUGCGGGGUGGGGGCUCACUGGCAUCAGAACACAGCAGCCCCCUCAAAGCCCUGUCCCUGGAGGAGGUGUACCCAGCAGUCUCGGGAAGGGCUGUGGGAUGGGUGGAGCCUCUCUCACCCCAUCGGCACUUGGACACUCUCAUAAAAUGGUUUUGGGAUUUGAGACCAAAUCUCUUCCUGCAGGAGCCGCAUUCCCAGGGCGCCGGGACCCUGCUGCGCCCAGGGCGCCUGGCACCUCGGGCUGCCCUCCCAAGCCCAGCUUCUGGGGCGAGCCAG